AUGCGCCCAGGCAAGGGCAAGAAGGGGCGCCGCAGGGCCAGAGCCGUGGCAGCUGCUGCGACCGCCUCAGCCGCUGGCUCAGACGCUGGCGCACCCGCGGGCCAGGGCGGAGGCGCUGACUCUUAUGCCAGUGGGUGCUUGGCCAAGCUGCAAAGGGACAUCAAGUACCUCGAGGGCUACCCCUGCCUGUCGGGCGGCAGCGCUGGGUUCGUGGAGGAGCAGCUGGUGGCCCUCCGAGCUCAGCGCGACGUGUUGGCUGCGGCACUGGCUGCCGACAAGCAGGCAAGCCUCUCUCGAGCUGCUAAGCUCCGCAGGGAGGCCCACACUGCCAGCAGGGCGGAGAAGAAGUUGGCCGUCGCCGACGCGGAGGCGGAUCUGCAGGCGGCCCACGAGAAGCUGGCUCAGGCGGAGGAGCAGCACAAGGCGGCGAAGGAGCGCUUCGACACCUUGGAGUCGGCGCUGGCGGAGGCCGGCCAUGAGUGCCUCCAGGUGACGGAAGUCGAUCUCGCGGCCAUGCGCGGGCUCUUUGUUCAGCUCCGCACGUUGCCGUCGGCGCAAACGACUGGGAACCUCGCCCGCGCCUGGGAGUUCACGAUGCAGCAGAUGUCAGCGGUGCAGGCCAUGCUCCCCUUGGCGCAGAGUUCGCCCGUGCCGCCGGCGCGGGAGUCCUGGAGCGACAGCUGCCCCCUGGAUGGCGGCGAGGUGGACCCCGCUUCGGACGUGGACCUGGUGGAGACGCAGCCGUCUGUGGAGCGCGGGCGUCUGGGGCGGCGGCCUCCCGCGUCGGAAGCCUGGGCCAAGGUUUCGCCUGGGCCGGUGCGGGAGCUCGCGGAGGAGGCAGCGGACGUGGACCCGCUGGCUACGGUGCCCAGCGUGGCCGCGGCGGAGGCGGCGAGCAAGCGGGCACUUCAGCUCGGAGGAACUGCGUGCCUGUGCGUGCCAGGGGGGGGCCAGGGCGCGCGGGACGCGGCCGGCAGGAGCGGCGGCCCGGCGCUCUGCGCGGUGCCGGAGCGGCCGAGCGCGGGAGGCGCCCCAGACAAUAGCCUGAUAAUGAAGAUGGACAUCGAAGGCUCAGAGUGGCCGAUGUAUGCUGAUGGACAGGCUGGACUGGAAAAGCUUCAGCAAUUGGGUUUCGAGUUUCACGAGUUGAGGCAGACGAAGUCCCACGAUAUGUACGCUACCGCUCUGCGGAACAUACAGGACGCCGGCUUCGAAGUCGCCAUCCAUGGCAAUAUUAAUUGGUACUUCUAUUCUGUCCACGACAGUAAGGACGAUUUCGUCAUUCCCAGGGUUCUCGAGGUCACACUUGUCAAGAAUAUGCCUUCCCUCGCGACCUGCCAGGCCAGGCAGCAUCUGCAUCCGCUGGACCGCGACAACAAUCCUGAGCUGUGGCCGCUGCCCAUGGCGAAGCUCCCCGGCGCGGCUGGCGGGGCGCAGCUGCCAGGAAGCGCCGCGCGGCUGGAGGGCGGCGAUGACCGGCGAGAACGCCCCAGGACCCCGAACCCGGAGCCCCAGGUGACCCGCCACGAGGCCGCGGAGGGUCUCGCCGCGGUGUGGGCCUUCGGCGCCGAGGACGGCGGCGCGCCAGCGCGCAGGGCGGAGGUGCUGAGCCUCCUGGGGGCGUACGCCGACGAGGCCCCCGCGCGGGCCGGCGGCAUCCCCGCAGGCGGGCCCGCCCUCGCCGAGACGUGCCGGCUCGCAGUGCAGGGCCUCGAGAGGGACCGCACGAAGAUGUGCGCGUGCCAGCACCGGAGCUUCGACCCCGCCCUCGGAGAGCCCGGCGCGACGGAAGCCGACGUCCCGCGGCUGAGGCAACAGCUAAUGGACGUCGACGCCUCCCUGUACUCGAGAUAUGUUGCCAUGUUCACGCUUCGCAACCUGGCCACGCCGCCCAGCAUCGGAGACCCGCUCUGCGAGAGCCUCGACACCGACGCGUCGUCCGCCGUGCUCCGGCACGAGGUUGCCUUCAUCCUGGGCCAGCUGGAGUGCGAGGAGGCCGCGGCAGCGCUGUCGCGCAACUUGGCCAGGGUGGAGGACCUCCCGAGCACCCCAUGGUGAGGCACGAGAGCGCCAUCGCCCUGGGCAGCAUUGGCGGCCCCGUGGCCAAGGAUCAGAUCGCUGGCGCGGUUCUGCGACGACCCGGAGCCGAUGGUGGCCGAGAGUUGCCUGGUGGCCCUGGACACCGCCGCGUAUCCUUGACCGCGUGGGAGCAGCUGGAGCGCCGCAUCCAGGAGCAGGGGUGAGCGGCGCC